AUGGGUUUCUACAACGCGUGCAAGACGUUCAUAGUCUACACAGUCACCUUCUUCUCACUUCCAUUCCACGAGGAUAUCAGAGGUGGCUCUGAACAACCCGUUCUAUCUUUUGAGAAUGGCCAGAUCUCUCAGAAUUAUCCAAAGUUCCCAGCACCAAAUGGCCCUGAUUCGCCAGAUGAAGACUUCGUUUGCAAGUAUCCUGAGCUUGGAAAUGACUGGAAGUCAUGUUCUACUCGAGAGAACCGUCACUGCUGGCUGAAGAGCUCUGAUGGACACAAUUUCAGUAUUCAUACUGACUAUGAGACUAUGUAUCCACCUGGAGUGCUUCGAGAGUAUUGGCUUGUAGUUGAUAACAAGACUAUCAACGGCGACGGCAUCGACAAUCCGUAUGGAAAGGUUUUCAACCAAACCUACCCCGGCCCGUGGAUCAAAGCUUGUUGGGGUGAUCUUAUCAGAGUCCACGUCACAAAUAAGCUGCGAUAUAACGGCACCACGGUUCAUUGGCAUGGUAUCAGGCAGAACGGAACCAUGGAGAUGGAUGGCGUCAACGGCGUCACUCAAUGCCCCAUUGCCCCCAACGAUACUUUUACAUAUGAGUUUCGCGCCCUUCAGUAUGGCUCCUCCUGGUAUCACAGUCACUACUCUCUACAAUAUGCAGACGGUCUCGCAGGACCUAUAACUAUCUUUGGACCGUCAUCAGCUCACUAUGAUGAAGCGAAGGAUCCUAUUCUUAUCACAGGUUGGAACCAUCGAAGUGCUUUCCAGGAGUGGGAGAGAGAACUAACGGGUGUCCCUACUCGCCCUGAGAUGAAUAGCAUAUUGAUGAACGGAAUUGGAGACAGGAGUAAAGAUCUUGAGCUUGGUAUAGAGAAAGUAAAGGAUAGACCACACACUGGAGACAAAUUCAGCUGGUGGGCUUUCGGCGAGCGACCUCUUUGGCUCGACUUCCCGAAGCCAACUAUCACCCUACUAGAGGAAACGAAAGAAUGGCCCGACGAUUAUGUGAUUGUUCCAGCAGAGAACAGAGAUGGUUGGGUCUAUCUCGUCAUCACGGCUCCAUCGCUUGAUCGAAUUGGCACCAACAAGACUUUCAAGUCUCUUGCGCACCCGGCUGAUAACCCUGGCUCUUGGCUGUUCCACUGCCAUAUUGCCUGGCACGCUUCAAGUGGUUUGGCGCUGCAGAUCAUGGAGCGUGAAGAGGAUCUGAGGAAGAUGAUGACUCCGGAGAAGUUGAAGCAGGUCAAUGAUGGCUGUAAGAAGUGGAAAGAUUGGUAUGACGACCGGAAGAAUCAUUGGAACCCUGUUGAUGUAUUCCAGGACGAUUCUGGCGUUUGA